AUGCCGCAGCUGUAUGAGCUGGAACAGAGCCUUGCGCAGCUGCAGGGCGGGCCGGAGGCUCAGGAGCUGCUGCGCUUGCGCAUGGCGGAGCUGAUGGCGGGCAUCCAGCAGCUGCGGGAGACGGCGCCCCCCUUUGCAGAUUACAAGCUGCCUCAGCCGGCGCUCAGGUAUGUGGACGAAGGGGGCCACCCUGAUGACUACGUGGCCAAGGGGCGCGUCCACGCGAUACAGAGGCUGAGGGACAAGCUGCUUGCAGAGGCGGACGCCGCCUUCCCCGAGGUCACCGCCGCCUACCGCUCCGUGGCGUCCGGCCUGCCAGCGGCGGCGCCGCGGCCAAAGGUGGAGCCCGCGGCUUAA